AUGGCUGAAGGUACCCACCAUUCUAUAUUGACUGAAGCUGUGGCUGCCUUGAAAGGGGAAUCAACAAACCUGCAAGAAGAACAAGAAACACAAAAACAAAUGCUGGAUGCAAUGCUGCAGCAGUUGAACAACCUUGCAGCCAGUUAUGAACAGCUAGCAGUAAUGGUUGGAAAUCAGAAAUCAGGAGGACCCUCAAACAGACAGGUUAGUAACAAUCCGUUAUUUGAAUGGGGAGGGGGUGUUCAUGCUAGAUCCAUUAGGAUUGAAUUUCCAAAGUUUGAUGGUACUGAGCCGAUGGAAUGGGUACUUAAAGUAGAGCAAUGUUUUGUAUGCUUUAGCACUCUAGAGGAUCAAAAAAUACGAAUUGCAUUUUUUCACAUGGAAGGGAAAGCUCUGCCAUGGUAUUGUUGGUUAAGGGAUUCAAGUCCAGUCCAUGGUUGGGAAAAUUUUGUGACUGCACUUAAGAUGCGGUUUGGGCCCUCUACUUAUGAGGAUCCAAUUGGGACUUUUACUAAAUUAAGACAGACGAGAACUGUGGAGGAAUGCCAAACCCAAUUUGAGGCAUUAUCUAAUAGGAUAAGAGGCCCCACUGAGGAGUUUAGAAUUAGCACCUUUAUUAGUGGUCUAAGAGAAGAUUUAAAAAUCACAGUGACAGUGUUCAAACCCAACUCCCUUUCAGCCACCUUUGGAUGGAGGAAAGGAGUAGAGGCUUAUGCUAUUAUUGACGACAAGUACCACAUAGCUCAUAAAGGUAGUAAGCCAAAAUUGUUCCUGCUGGAAGGGAUAGAAAUGGAGGAGGAGGAACAAGAGAAAGAGGAAGGAAGUGGGAUUAUAAGGAGAAGUCAAAGUCCCUAUUCCUCUCCUGUUUUGCUGGUGAGGAAAUCUGAUGGGAGCUGGAGAAUAUGUAUGGACUACAGGGCAUUAAACCAGGAUACCAUCAAAGAUAAGUAUCCCAUACCUAACAUAGAUGAAUUUUUGGAUGAGCUUUAUGGGGCAGACUUUUUUUCUAAAUUGGACCUACGUUCUGGUUAUCACCAAAUCAGAAUGUACCUAGGGGAUAUACACAAAAUUGCCUUUAGGACUCAUGAGGGUCACUACGAGUUCUUGGUGAUGCCUUUUGGCCUCACCAAUGCUCUUUUAACUUUUCAAGGGUUAAUGAAUGAGGUUUUUAGACAUUAUCUAAGAAAAUUUGUGUUAGUAUUCUUUGAUGAUAUUCUAAUCUACAGCAAGACACUACAGGACCAUUUACAACAUUUGAGCAUUGUUUUGGAGAUUCUGCAGUCUCACUAA